AUGCGGGGCCCAACCGACGAUGUUUCUGUGGACGAGGAGGGCGAAGAUGAGGAACUCGGUGUGAGCCGACUGGUGUCGAAAUUGGACUCGUUUCUCUCCUCCCUCGAGAGCAGACAGCAAGGUGAUGGCAUCCUCGAGGAGAAAAGGAGGAAAGAGGUCCGGAGUCUACAGGGAAUCCGCCACUCUGCGGGAAACGUGCUCCAUUCGUACCAAGAAGAUGGAGUUCUCUGGCUCGUUGACCAUUACCUCAACGAUGUUGGCGCCAUUGUCGCCGAUGAAAUGGGCCUGGGCAAAACGCUUCAGAGCCUCGCCUUUGUUUGCUGGCUGAACGAAGUGAGGCAGUUAGGUCGGCCCUCGCUCGUCGUAUGUCCCCUGUCAGUCGUCAGCAGCUGGGAGGCUCAACUGCGCGAGUUUGUCGCCACUGCGCCGCCGUACAUUCGAAUCAGUGAAGGGCCAGACCACGGCCGGAGGUCGGCGAGCAAUCUCCGGGUUCUUACCUACGUGGGCACAGCAGAGGAAAGGCACUGCAUUCGAGAGAAGGUCGCAGAUUACAUGAUUCGCCAGAGCCCCCAGGCUGCCUCCAGGCGGAACCAGGCGGCCCCGUUCGACCUUCUCCUUACCACGUACGAAACGCUAAUGUGCGACAUGCCUUUCUUCUCCAUGUUUGAAUGGGAGUGCCUAUUCUUCGACGAGGCGAGCCGGUUGAAGUCCAAGAACAGCAAAAGACGAAACGCGUUUCUCCACCGCCUCAGGCGCCAGCACGUCGUCAUGAUGACUGGGACGCCCGUCGAAAAGAACCUCGAGGAGCUCUGGUCUCUCCUGCAAUUCGUCCAGCCCGACCUUUUCACCAGUUCGACAGCUCUCGUCAACGCGUUCUGCUCUAUCCCGCCCUCGCUGAGGCAGGGAGACCAAGAAGGAAAGAAGGAAGCGCCUCGCGUGCAACGAAUACAAAGAAACAAAGAUCUUCUGCAGAGACUCGUGAAAGCUUUCAUCCUGCGGCGGCGCCUCAGUCAGGUGAAGGCUAGCUGGACGCUUCCGUCUUUGGUCGAGCUCGUCGUCUUCCUUCCUCUCACGCCUCUGCAAAGGCGUCUGUACUUUUGGCUGCUGACAAGAGAGAGCGAAGCCCUCGAGGCAGUUGACGAUCUUGGCACUGCAUUUGAGCAGCUCCGCAAGUGCUGUAACCAUCCGGCCCUGUUUCGUCUUCACGCCUCGCCGUCGCUUGCCACGUUUUCCUCGUCUGCGGUCGCGACUUCGCCGCCGUUUGACCCUGAACGCGCCCCGGGGUUCUGUUCGGAGGCAGAAGGCGACGACGCCCAGUCGUUGCUUCGCGACUCGUCCAAGAUCGCAGCUCUCGAUGCGAUUCUAAACUUUUACCUCACGAGACAGGAGAAAGUGGUAGUCUUCAGCUUCUCGACCGCGAUGCUGGACCUCGUCGAAGAUUUCCUCGACGAGAAGGGAAUCGUCACGGCGCGCCUCGAUGGGAGCAUGAGUGACGCCGAGCGUCGUGCGGCGAUCGCUGCCUUUUCGGCCGAAGUGCGAGAGCGACGGACAGAAAAGAGAUACGAGAAACAGGGGGCGUUUAAGAGGGACACAAGCGAGCGGCGCGAACCCCCUCCUAACGGGGUGGAGGAGACGGAGAAGGACACCGAGACAAGACACGAGAAACCGCAGCUGCAGUAUGAGACACAGCGAGAGCCGUCUCAGCGGCCAGUCCCCCCCGACGAGGCAGACUGCGCGGCGGUCUUCCUCGUGAGCGUCCGAGCCGGCGGCUACGGUUUGACUCUCUCGCACUGCGCAAGCGUCUGUGUGUUCCUCGAGGGCGGCGGCGACGGGAAUCCACAGAUCGAGCGUCAGGCAAUCGCGAGGCUGUACAGACAAGGCCAAACCAAGAAAGUGAAGGUCAUUCGCUUGAUCACCAAGAGUACAGUGGAAGAAGUCAUGUACUGGCGCGGCCGACAGAAACUGAAGCUCGCGUCCGACGUCCUCUCGGAAGACGAGACGGAGGAAGAGUCUGAGCGGCAGGGGAGGCACUCCUUUCUUUGCGCUGCGGAUAUGAAGGAACUGAUCACUUGCGGGCUGUCGUCCCUAACGACGGGCGGCGACGGAGCGCAAAGACAGACGCAGGGGAGACAGAGGAAAGACGAGGGCGCAGAGAGCAGGCAGAGGGCCGAGGUGAUCGUGGAGGGGCGACCCCACGUGGAGACGGCAGCCGGGCGGAGCGGAUCUCCCGCAUGGAAGAAAACGCUGUCUCUCUCUCAAGACGCGGAGAACAGUGGCCUCGACCUCUCGCAGCUUUCACGACUGCUCGCCGACGCCGAGUUGCCUUCCGACCGGCCGCAAGGAGACGAAGAAGGGAGCGAAGAAAGAGACACCGGCGCAAGAAGGGACACGAACCAGCUGUAUCCGAGCCAACAACGCGAUCGAGAGGAAAAAGCGCAUGUCGGCGGCAGGGGCGCCGCCGCAUCUGUCAAACGCCUGGGCGAAAUCUCGCCGAGAGACCCAGACGGGGAAGGGAACGAAGAAAGCGUCGUGUGCGACCUUUCCGCGCAAAGAGUGAAGACAGAGCAGCACGGAGAAGGCGACGGGGUUGACAAGUUGCGAGAAGGAGAAAGCAGUAUUUAUAUGUAUGAAGGAAAGGACUACGCCGGUGUGUUGAAGCAGGCGCUCAGCAGCAAGCGAGCAGACCGAGAUGCGCUUCAGAGAAUUCUGGAAGAGGCCCGGCGAAAAGAAGAAAGAGAGAGUCAUACUCCGAACCAAGAUGCAGCCGGGUCCAGUGGUGACGGGGCAGAAAGCCGGCGGUCCAGUCGCGCUCGGCGGGCGCCGUUAACUCCUGCAGAGCUCGACGCGCUCAGAGAAGACGCAGAACGCAGAAGGCAGGAGGCUCGGCUGGAGCAAUGGAGAGCAAACGGCUACGUCUCUCGAUCGGUACAAGGCGACAGCUUCCCAGACGACUCUGACUGGCCAGCGAGGAGGGCGGCCGUCAGUGAAGGAGCGAGCGAACAGACGGAGACUGAAGGCGACGAGGAACUGCUGUGUCGCUACUUCCACUAUCGGACAGGAGACGCGUCCCUCCCGAGGGAAAACCCUCCCGGCGCCAUCGUUCACUUUGUUGACGCAGCCGGAACAUGGCUCGAAGGCCGUGGUUUCUUCAAAGCUCUCGAUAGACUGAGCGCCGUUCCCAGAACGCAUUUGGCACUGGCGAAGAAGAUGGGAGACCUCAGGUUGGGCGACUGCCACUUGGUCCCUGUGAACGCCUGCACGUUCGUGGCCUUUUGCGUUUGCCUCAAGCGCCACAAGCAACGCAUGAGCCUGAGUCUGCCUCUCUUGCGGCUCGCGCUGCAGAGGCUGCACGACCGGGCCGCGCAACUCUCUCUGUCGCUCCACCUCCCCCGGUGCAUCGUCCCGCUCCCGGCAGACAUUGACAAGAAUCCGCGUCUCCCGUCGCACGAACAGAGCUCGCGCGCGGUCGAGAAGCUGGUUCGCGCGCUCUUUAGUCGCUACCGACUCCACGUCUUCGUUUACCGCUACAGGCGGGCGGAGUGCGCCGGCGACGCAGGCGAGUCCAAACGAAGGAGUCGAGACGAAGACGAAGAGCGACGGCCAGGCAAGCGCCGCGAGACAGAGAACCCGACAGACACCGCGUCCUACGCGCUCACUGGUCGUGCGCCUGCGGCCGCCACCGAAAGUCGGCAGAGUCGACCUGCGGGUCUUUCCGGCGAUGGGCAAAGCAGAGAGCACCGGCAGAAAACGGAGACAGGAGCCGGCGAAGCACGAGCGAGAGGAGUCAGCAGCUGGGAACUGAGGGCGGCCAGGCAGGCUCAUGAGACAGAUCCGUGUGCGCCUGACUGCUCUCGCGCUUUCGACGGGAACGUCCGGGUCGUGAAAAGCGAGGGAGACGACGCCACGCGCGUCAAGAGCGAGAAAGAGAGCGGCCCAGAGGCGCCCGCUUUCGGAGCGGAACGACUGCCGCCCUCGGGACAAGGCGCUGCAGCGCAUCCGCGCUCCGCUGGCGACUCCGCGCGGACGUUCGGCACGGAGGUUCAGAGCUCGAAGGGGAAGGAGAAGACGAAGCGUGAAGGCGGCGCGACCGAGAACGCGUCCCUGUCGCUGCUCUCAGCAAACAAGCCUGCGUCCUCGGCUCCAACUGCGUCGCCCGCUGCGGCACCAAAACCGAAGGCGAAAACGCGCACAACUGCGUGGAACGCACUCCGGAAACCUCCACUGGCAGCGCUGGAUCUUGCCGCUCCUCGCUGGGCUUCGGGGGAGGCCUCCGCGGGCACCCACGUUAUCACGGGAGUGGGAGGCAGCAACGGAGUCCGGCCUUCUGACUUCGCAGGCAGAGAGGGAACGACACGCUGCCCCCCCUUGCGGCCGCACAGGCGACUCACGCCGGCGCCGCCGCAAGGCAUUCCGCUGAAGAAACGCGGACUCGGGGGCAUGUGCAUGUGGAUGCACCCGGCGAUAAGGGAGGAAGUAGCGCUGUACUUGGCCGAGAAAGUCGAGCAUCUCGGCGGGCGAGCUUGGCGCUGUCCAGCCUCGCCCUCCGCCUGGCGUCCUGAAGCGAUCUUCGGUCCUCAAGCAACGGGAAGCGAGAGAGCGAACCCGGCGAGGCUUGGCAGACCGGAUGACCACCCCACUGCGUCUGAAGAGAACGCGGACCGCGAGGAAGAUAUAGAACCAGACGGAGCGAGAGUGCGAGCGCCAGAAAGCGAUUGCGGCCGCGUCGGGAGCGCCGGGCAAGAGAUGGCGGAAGCGAGACGCACCGUGUGGCUUAUUUUGCCCACAAAACUUCUUGAACAGGCCGCCCUCCACUGCCAGCAAGGCGGUGCCGCGUCCGCGUCCCGUCCUCAGCGGCGUCACUUGGCGUUCUGGGCGAGUCAAGUGGACGCCGCGCUGAGUCGCGACAGCUUCAUUUCAUUUCUUCAGCGACACGCACUGAGUGUAGCUGGCGAUGAAGUCUCUCCAGAAGAAAACGGUGGCGAUCGAUUGCAGUACGCGUGGAGUCUGCCGUGGAUGUCGCGUCGAGGAAACGCGGGUCCAUACACCGAAACUGCUACCGAGACGAACAUGAAGAGGGACGAGGGCACUUUGCGCGAGGCCCUCUCGCGGGACAGCGUGUACAGCAUGUCCCGCCAUAACAAGGCGCGUGUGAGCUCUCAGAAGACGUGCCCACGGAUCGUCGUGGAAUUCACCGACUGGCUAGAAAGCCUCCUGCUCCAUAAGGGAGUGAUCGAGCCUAGCGAGUGGCGGUCUUACCAGCUAGACGUGCACAGGGCUGCGGUCGCAGGCUGCGUUCCAUCAUCCCUUUUGAACCUUUAUUCGGUGGGACCGCUUCCCCUGUCUGUCGCAGUCACAGUGCGCAUGCAACGCGCUCUAGGCACUGCGUCAGAGAAAGAGGAAUUGCUCACAGAGUGCUGGACAGCCUCGCUGGAUGCUCAUCCCGACCCGCGGAACCAACAGGCGAUGGAUGUCGACACGGAGCCCGAAACAGGCACGUGGCAAGAGGGUAGGUAG